AAGAAGCUUUUGCAACCACUGGGAGCAGCCGGUCACGGUGAACCCAGAGAGGUCGAGGUGCCGUGGGGACGCGUUCAGGAAACCCAUGUUAGGCUAUGGGGAGACCUGGAGCAAGCCAGGCCAAGCUCAGGGAGACUGCAGCAGUAGCCUCACAGGUGACCUCUCCUCUGUAUCUUUUGCUUGCAGAUCAACAAAAAACCACAGUGAUUGAAAACGGGGAAAUCAGGUUCAAUGGAAAAGGGAAAAAGAUUCGGAAGCCUCGGACCAUUUAUUCCAGCCUGCAGCUCCAGGCUUUAAACCAUCGCUUUCAGCAGACUCAGUACCUGGCUCUUCCCGAGAGAGCUGAACUGGCAGCUUCCUUAGGACUGACACAAACACAGGUGAAGAUAUGGUUUCAGAACAAACGUUCUAAGUUUAAGAAACUGCUGAAGCAGGGCAGUAACCCGCACGAGAGCGACCCUCUCCCAGGCUCAGCAGCCCUGUCACCGCGCUCGCCGGCGCUGCCUCCGGUGUGGGACGUUUCCGCCUCGGCCAAGGGCGUCAGUAUGCCCCCCAACAGCUACAUGCCCGGCUAUUCGCAUUGGUACUCCUCACCACACCAGGACACGAUGCAGAGACCACAGAUGAUGUGAGUUGUCCGAGGGAAAUCGAUACCCUAGGGAAACGUCUGAACAAAGCAAAGAGAAUCCGGGACCUGCUGGCAUCUGUCAAACCGAGCCAACGAGCAGGCUCUGGAGAACUCUUAAGUGUGGCCAGACGGUCUGGGCGCUGGCUGCCUCUCUCCCCUGCUUUCCCUCUGUCUCUCUCUCUCACUCUUUCUUUUGUCUUCUUCCUUCCCACCUUUCUUUUCUUUUUUCUUUCCUUUCCUCAUCUGCCUUUUCCCUUGAGCAGUCUCAGUAAUUGAUCUUGCAUCUUAGAAACAGAGAGAGUGGGAGAGAGAGAGAUUGAGAGACUGGUUUCUACGCCAGCACUCAUGAAACCUCUCACUGUAAGGAUAUUUUCCCUCACCCCUUGGGAUCCAGGCUCCGAGCCGCUUCUCCUCUUUGGGAGUAUCCAUCAAAAUGACUUUUUUUUACAAACAUUUUCCCCCACCAGAAGAAUCUGCGCAAACAUGGCAGCGUUUUUACUUGUUUAAUGAGUUUAAGACAUUACAUGAUGAAAGAGAAGCAUUUCGGACUCCUGCAUUUUUAUUUACAACCCCAGACUGACAAACAAGGAAAGAAAGAAAAGAAAAGGAAAACACCCUCAUAUAACAGCCCUUCUCUAAAGAAAAAGGAAAAAUCGGCUGUAAGAUUAGAACAUUGCCACAAAGGGAACGCUGCAUGUUUUAUCCAAAUGCAAUGAGCAAGAAUGAUGAUUUAAACAAAACAAAACAAAACCACUCUUUCCCCACCCCUACCCUCAAACCCUAAACUGGAAUCAGGAAAGACAGAGGAAACAACCAAAAUCGCCAUUCUAUUGCUUUGAUAUCUUUACUAGGUGAAUUGGUGGCAUUCACUAAGCUAAUAGGGACGUUUAUAUCAAGAAACAUUUCUGUAUAUAUUGUUGAAUUUUAGUUGUACAUAUACUUUGUAUGUUUUUGUC